AUGUCCACCAACUGCAAGGUUGAUCUCCCGACCAACCCCCUCCCGAUUGAGAUCACUAGGGUCGAGAUCAUCCGCAACGCCAUGAGCCUCAACAACCUCUUGAACAAGCCAACUGCGAAUCUGAAGGGGAGCGAGACAAUUGAACCAGAUUCACCUCAUGAUCCACACACGGCCGUAAAAGAUAGGGUCUUGUCACCUAGUGUGUCCUCAGACACCCUCGUAACCGAGCCAGUAGUGUCUGAUAGUAUCUCAGAGCAAGCAGAUGAAGACGUCCCCGAUUUCCAGCGCGAAUUCAUCUGCAUGAACGACCGACACACACGCUGUCAGACCGGCCAGUAUACCAAAGACCUGUCGCGCAAAGUCAUUUCGGAUCACUUUGGCCGCAAUAAGGCCUGUACGCGUGACAUUACUGAGUGGCCACUCUUCUGCCGCAAGCACUACCAGCGUGCGACGUACGACAAGGCAAAGUGGCAGAUCCGCAAAGUUCACCUCAUUCUGCGCCAGUUUGACAUCAUUGAGAAGCAGUUCCCCGGUACCACCUACAAGAUCACGCUCAAGAAGUCCGAAGAAAUCCGCUUGAACCAGUACUCGCGCCAAGUGGCCUCAGGUAUGAGCGCCGAAGACGCUGAGAAGUGCGUCGCGCCUGUUCCUGGCAAGCACUUUGAGGCGCCCGUCGAAGUGCUCCGUGAGUUGGACCUGUCGCUUGGUCGUGGCAAGACUUACAAGGAAGUUCGAGACAUUGUCGACGUCAUUCUCCAGAUGCUUGAGGGAAAUGAGUGCGAGCAGGUUCCUGCUAUCGAGUUUCUUCCCGAGCUCCCCAGCAAGAGUGUGUCGCCCGUGACGGUCCCAACCAAGUCUCCCGUUACAAAGUCAACAAGAUCUUCCAAGCGCAUCUCCAACAAGGGUUCUGUCAAGAAAACGAGUCAGAAGGCUUAG